CUUCAUUUUAAUGACAAACUUAAUAAGCCUUCCUGCUGCCACAGCCUUGACCAUUACAAAACAUGGCACGACGCAGAAGUGCCUCAUUGGAGGCCAAAAUCAACCAAAUUACGGAUGAAAACAACACAGAGGAAAAAUGGGACCUAAUUCUUAAUGUGUGCGAUCGUGUUAAUGGAGGUUCUCCCGACGACGCAAGACUUGUGGUAAACCACCUUAUCAAACGUUUCCAGGUCCCCAAUGCGAAUGUGCAGUUGUAUUCGUUGUCCCUCGUAGAUGCUUUAGUUAAGAAUUGCCAGCUUCAGCUUCAUCAGGAGGUCUGUUCUAGGGUAUUUACAACGGCUAUCUAUCAACUGGCGGAUUCUCCAAAUGUGCAUGCCCAUGUAAAAAGUCGAAUUGCCAGCCUGGUAAACGAAUGGGCCACUCAGCUUUCUUACAAUGCUAAUCUUGAUCUCAUGUCUGAACUGAAAGACAACAUAGAACGCUUGGGACUUACACCGCAGGAUGCUCCAGACAAACCGGGAAAACACAGAAUUAGUGCAGCAGAUAAAAGGAGAGAGGAAGAAGAACUUGAGUAUGCACUCGCUCUUUCUCUUUCUGAGAUGAGCGUCAACAAACAAGCUCCAACCAACAAACCUGACAAUUCAUUCUCGCGUGUUCAACCCGAUAAGACUCAAGUUAGCAAUGACAGUGCCCCGCCAGCAGUUUCCACUGCUCCAGAUGGUACUGCCGGCCCUGCUCCUGAGACUGUUCAGAAUAUUCCCCUCAACCAAACCCCUGCCUCUUCUGUAUACCGAGUCCGAGCUUUGUACGACUUUGCUGCCACAGAGCCAGGAGAGUUGUCAAUUCACAAGGGCGACAUUAUUACAGUUCUUGAGAGCGCUUACAAAGACUGGUGGACAGGUACUGUCGGCGGUAAAACUGGUAUUUUCCCGGUAAACUAUGUGGAACGUAUCCGCGAGCUAUCGACUGAGCAGAAGCAACGAAAUGAGGAGGCAGAACGAAUUGUGUUUGAGAGCUUACCCGAAGUUGAGGAUUUGCUUAAAUUGCUUAGUACUGCUCAACCACAAGUUGCGGACGACGAGGAGAUUCAGGGACGUGUACAGCAGGUGGUGAGUCUCCGUCCGAAGUUAAUUCGGUUGCUGGAACAGUAUUCCUCACGCAAAGAUGAGCUUAUUGACUUGAAUCAGCGCCUUUUGACUGCGCGUAGAGACUACGAGCAUAUCUUUGAGACGUCCAUGUCACACAUGAGAAGCUACUAGCUAUGCCUGUUACGUAUUUAUAUGAUGAAGUAAAAGUUUUAUUGGAGUAUGACUAUAUAUGUGCCUGCCAACAAAGCGUAUAUACCCUUUGAGAGUGACAGAAAUAAAACAAGGAGGAACUAAAAGAACAGAGUCAAAACGAGGACAAAGGAAAAAGUAUAUAACCAUGUGCAAACACAUACGGGAUAGGAGUGAAAAAGAGUGUUAUUGAAGUGCUUGCGAGUGACUCCUAUAGAGAGAGCGUUUAAAGACUCAAGCACAUAAACGGGAGAGCAAGAGUGCAUGAUCUCCUCUCGCUUUAAGCGGAUCCAUUAAUCAUCUGUUGGAACUCUCCAGUCUCAAUCAUUUCGCUGACAAUGUCAAGACCACCAACAAACUCACCACGGAUAUAGAGUUGGGGAAAUGUAGGCCAGUCGCUGAAUGUUUUCAAACCCUGACGAACAGAGUUAUCAGCGAGGAUGUUGAAAUAACCAUAUUGGACGCCCUGUUCACGCAACAGAGCCACAAUUUUUCUACUGAAACCGCAAGCUGGUUCACUGGGAAUGCCCUUCAUAAAAAGCAUCACAUCGUGCGCACGAGUGAGCUUCUCCAGACGGGCGUUCAGCUCUUGUUCAGACUCUUGUUCACCCUCCUUACGAACUUCUCCAGACUCGACGGCGGAGACAGCAGCAGUCUCCUUGACAGCGGUUGGUGCAGCACUUGUGUUGGAUGCGGCAGUACUAGUACUCUUUGUCGCACUGGCAUCGGCCGCCUUGGCACCGGGAAGUUUGUUAACAUGUUCAUCAACAGCCUCCUUCAAUUUCUGGGGGUUUGCUCCGGAGAUACGACUAAUGACUUGUUGUUCCUUAAUCAAGACAAACAGAGGAACACUAGCAACAUCAAAGAUUUCAGCAACGUCAGGGAGCUUCUCGGCUUCGAGUUUUAAAAAUACUGCAUUAGGGGCCUCCGUCGCAAGCUGGUCGAAAACCUGAUUCAUCUGCUGGCAAGGAGCAGCCCAAGGUGCAUAGAAAUUCAGAAUAAUCGUCUUCUCCUUGUUCGAUUGAACAAUUUCUUGGAAUUGUUCGACAGAAUCUACGGAAAUACUCAUUGCUAUGUUUUAACACCGAACGCACGCAGAACAAAACAAAAUCAAAUCCUCAAAACACGGUUUGAGAACGACACAAGGCAACAGCAAAAAGCGCACUCAAAACAGGGUAUGUGCUCUGGGCAACUUGGUUUUCUGCAGGUUUCCCCGUUCGUCGGAAGAUCUGAUAAAAUUGUCAUCGGCGAUAAAAGUAACACUAAGUAG